CGGACUGGUUAGCCCGGUGGUGAGGUAGGAAGAGUCCGCGCUGGAAAAGGAAGAGGAGGAAAAAAAGGAUACCAGCUUUUUCCUGUGCACCUGCCUCCUCCCCCUCCUGCCCACAGGAAUCUCUCCGAUGUCCAAGGCCCUGCAGAUGUCACCAGGAAAGUGGUGAUUCAGGCAAGACAAGGUUGUCCCAACAGAACAUAGAAAUGGAAGCGAAUGACCAUUUUAACUUUACUGGCCUUCCCCCUGCACCAGCUGCCUCAGGACUGAAACCCUCUCCUUCAUCAGGGGAGGGCCUCUACACUAACGGGUCUCCCAUGAACUUCCCCCAGCAAGGGAAAAGUUUGAAUGGGGAUGUGAAUGUUAAUGGCUUAUCUACUGUAUCUCACACUACUACUUCAGGGAUUUUGAACUCUGCUCCCCACUCCUCCAGCACCUCACACCUCCAGCACCCUAACGUGGCCUACGACUGUCUUUGGAACUACUCACAGUACCCACCUGCCAAUCCCAGCAACAACCUCAAGGACCCACCCCUUCUUUCUCAGUUCCCUGGGGGACAGUACCCACUCAACGGUAUCCUUGGGGGCAGCCGACAGCCUUCAUCCCCGAGUCACAACACUAAUCUGCGAGCUGGGAGCCAAGAGUUCUGGGCCAAUGGCACCCAGAGUCCCAUGGGGCUUAACUUCGAUUCACAGGAGCUAUAUGAUUCCUUUCCUGACCAGAAUUUUGAGGUGAUGCCCAAUGGACCUCCAAGUUUUUUCACCUCCCCACAGACUUCUCCAAUGUUGGGAUCUAGUAUCCAGACCUUUGCACCUUCCCAGGAUGUAGACAAUGGGAUCCAUUCUGAUGAGGCAGCAGAAAAAGAGCUGACUUCAGUUGUGGAGGAAAAUGGCACUGGCUUGGUAGGCAGCCUGGAACUGGAGGAAGAGCAGCCAGAAUUAAAGAUGUGUGGCUACAAUAGUUCUGUCUCCUCUGUGGAGUCUUUACACCAAGAAGUCUCUGUCCUGGUUCCUGAUCCCACGGUGAGCUGUUUAGAUGAUCCUUCACAUCUUCCUGAUCAACUGGAAGACACUCCAAUCCUCAGUGAAGAUUCUCUUGAGCCCUUUGACUCGCUGGCACCAGAGCCCGUGAGUGGAGGACUUUAUGGGAUAGAUGACACAGCAUUGAUGGGUGCAGAAGACAAGCUGCCUCUGGAGGACAGCCCUGUGAUCUCUGCUCUCGACUGCCCUUCUCUCAAUAAUGCUGCUGCCUUCAGUCUGCUCGCAGACGACAGCCAAACGGCAGCCUCUCUCUUUGUCAGCCCCACCUCUCCACCUGUCUUAGGGGAGUCUGUCCUACAAGAUAACAGCUUUGAUCUGAAUAAUGGCAGUGACUCUGAACAGGAAGAAAUGGGGCCUGAGUCUUCAGGCUUCCCACAUCCCCUGAGUGAGCCAGCCUCUGACCAACCACCUACUGUUGAGCUACAUCCAGCAGCCUCCCCAGCAGCCUCUCCGGCAGCCUCCUCACUUGUCCCUCCUACGAUCUUCCCAGCAGUGUCCCCAGCUCCUUCCCCUUCCCUCCCAGCAGCCUCUUUAGAAGUCUCUUUGACAGCUCCAGUGACCUCUCCUCAAGCUUGCCCUGCUCCUUCUCCAGCACCCGCCUUCCAGACAGUUUCCCAAGCAAGUGAAGACAGCAGCAGCAUUCCAGAAGCUUCUGCUGGGUUAGAAGAGACCACUGGAGAAGCUGUCACAGUUUCUGGUAGUGGUGAUGUACUGAAGAGACGCAUCGCUACUCCAGAAGAGGUCCGUCUUCCCCUCCAGCACGGGUGGCGGAGAGAAGUGCGCAUCAAGAAGGGCUGCCAUCGGUGGCAGGGGGAGACUUGGUAUUAUGGCCCCUGUGGGAAGAGAAUGAAACAGUUUCCGGAAGUUAUCAAGUACCUGAGCCGAAAUGUGGUACACAGUGUCCGCCGUGAGCACUUCAGCUUCAGUCCCCGCAUGCCUGUUGGAGAUUUCUUUGAAGAAAGAGACACACCAGAGGGCUUGCAGUGGGUCCAGUUAUCCGCAGAGGAGAUUCCUUCCAGAAUUCAAGCAAUUACUGGCAAACGAGGCCGACCUCGAAAUAAUGAGAAGGCCAAGAACAAGGAAGUUCCAAAAGUGAAGCGGGGCCGAGGUCGACCACCGAAGGUCAAAAUUCCUGAGCUAUUGAAUAAAACAGACAGCCGACUUCCAAAGAAACUGGAAACCCAAGAACCACUGAAUGAGGAGGAUAAAGCAAAAAUGAGUAAGAGCAAAAAGAAGAUGAGGCAGAAGGCACAGCGGGGAGAGAGUCAGACCGCUGUCCAAGGGCAGGCCAGAAACAAGAGGAAACAAGAUACCAAGAACUUAAGGCAGAAGGACACUAAGAAGAAACUCAAGGCUGAGAAAGAAAAGAUGAAGACAAAGCAGGAAAGACUGAAGGACAAAGUAAAGAGGGAAAAGAAAGAAAAGGUGAAAGUGAAGGCAAAGGAAGAGGUGGCCAAAGCCAAACCAGUCUGUAGAGCAGAGAAGACCCUCGCCACACAGAGGCGUCUGGAGGAGCGGCAGAGGCAACAGGUUAUCUUGGAGGAGAUGAAGAAGCCCACGGAGGAUAUGUGUCUGGCUGAUCACCAGCCCCUGCCUGACUUCACACGCAUCCCUGGUUUGACAUUGUCCGGUAGGGCUUUCUCAGACUGCUUGACCAUCAUGGAGUUCCUGCACAGUUUUGGCAAAGUGUUAGGCUUUGACCUUACCAAAGAUGUUCCUAGUCUGGGAGUCCUGCAGGAGGGUCUCUUGUGUCAAGGUGACAGCCUGGGCAAAGUGCAAGACCUGCUGGUGCGGCUGCUGAAGGCUGCGCUCCACGACCCUGGUCUGCCCUCCCACUGUCAGUCCCUAAAGAUCUUGGGGGAGAAGGUGUCCGAGAUUCCACUGACCAGAGACAAUGUGUCUGAGAUACUCCGCUGCUUCCUCAUGGCAUAUAGAGUGGAGCCAGCCUUCUGUGACAGUCUGCGCACCCAGCCUUUUCAGGCCCAGCCACCCCAACAGAAGGCUGCUGUCCUAGCCUUCCUUGUACAUGAGCUCAAUGGCUCCACCAUCAUCAUCAAUGAGAUUGACAAGACUCUGGAGAAUAUGUCUAGCUACAGGAAAAACAAAUGGAUUGUUGAAGGCCGACUCCGGAGACUGAAAACUGCUCUGGCCAAACGAACUGGGCGGCCUGAAGUUAUGAUGGAACAGCCAGAAGAAGGCCUGGGACGAAGGCGCAGUUCUCGGAUCAUGGAAGAAACCAGUGGCAUUGAAGAGGAGGAAGAGGAGGAAACUAUAGUCCAUGGCCGCAGAGCUCGAAGAGAUGGAGAGAUUGACAUUGCAUCAUCCAGCAUUCCAGAGUUAGAGCGCCAGAUAGAAAAACUCAGUAAGCGUCAGCUCUUCUUUAGAAAAAAGCUGCUUCACUCAUCCCAGAUGCUUCGAGCAGUCUCUUUGGGUCAGGACCGCUACAGACGCCACUACUGGGUAUUGCCCUGUCUAGCUGGUAUCUUUGUAGAAGGAUCAGAGGAAAACAUAGUUACUGAAGAUGGAAUAAAGCAGGAACCUGAGUACUUGACGGAAGCAGUCACUUCGACACCCUGUUCUGCCCCAGUCUCUGUAAAGAGAGAGUUAACUGGCUCCAACCCCUCUGCUUCUCCUGCCCGCGCCCGAGGCCGACCUCGAAAGUCUAAGCCUGGGUCUAUGCAGCCUAGGCACCCUAAGUCUGCUUUUGGAGAACAUGAUUCAGAACAAUCCCAUACUCAAGUUCAGCCAGAAUCUCAGCCCUAUCCUCAGUCUCAGCCCCCACCAAAUAAUGGGUUCCUGGAGCCAGAAGGCUCCCCUCUGUCUCUGGGUCAGAGCCAGCAUGACCUUAGCCAGUCUGCCUUCCUGUCUUGGCUGAGCCAGACUCAGAGCCACAAUUCCCUAUUGAGCAGCUCAGUCCUCACGCCUGAUAGCAGCCCAGGGAAAUUAGACCCCGGUCCAUCCCAGUCCUUGGAGGAACCUGAGCCUGAGGAGGCAGAAUCCUGCCCUGCUCCUCAAGGGCCCUGGUUUAACUUCUCAACCCAGAUACCCUGUGAUGCUGCCCCUACACCACCCCCUGCACUUUCUGAGGACCAGCCUACUCCCUCCCUCCAUCUGCCUGCCGCCUCUAAGCCAAUGAUUACUUCCGGUGCUGCCAAUCCUUGUUCUCCAGGGCAGUUCUCUUCCACCCACCUGCCUGGAAGGGGCUCUAAGAGGCCAUCAGUAGACUCUGAAGAAAUUCCACAGAGUCCCACAGGGCUGGGACAACCAAAACGAAGAGGGAGACCUCCUAGCAAGUUCUUCAAGCAGGUGGAGCAGCGUUACUUAAGCCAGCUGACAGCCCAGCCCAUCCCCCCUGAGAUGUGCUCUGGCUGGUGGUGGAUCCGAGAUCCUGAGACACUGGACGUCAUGCUGAAGGCACUACACCCCCGAGGCAUCAGGGAGAAGGCGCUACACAAACAUCUCAGCAAGCACAAGGACUUCUUGCAGGAAGUCUGUUUACAGCCCUUAACUGAUCCCAUCUUUGAACCUUGUCAGCUGCCUGCCUUGGAAGAAGGAAUUAUGAGCUGGUCCCCCAAAGAGAAGACUUAUGAGACAGACCUGACUGUGCUUCAGUGGGUAGAGGAGCUAGAGCAGCGUGUUGUCCUGUCUGAUCUGCAGAUUCGGGGCUGGACAUGCCCUAGCCCAGAUUCUGUCCGAGAAGACUUGGCCUACUGUGAGCAUCUCCCUGACUGUCAGGAGGACAUCCCCUGGAGAGGACGGGGCAGGGAAGGGGCAGUACCUCAGCGGCAAAACACCAACCCUCUGGACCUUGCUGUGAUGAGGCUGGCUGCUCUGGAACAGAAUGUAGAGCGGCGUUACUUGCGGGAGCCCCUCUGGGCAGCCCAUGAGGUGGUAGUGGAGAAGGCCCUGCUGAGCACACCCAACGGCGCCCCAGAUGGCACCACUACUGAGAUAUCAUAUGAGAUUACCCCUCGUGUUCGUGUCUGGCGGCAGACACUUGAGAGAUGCCGUAGUGCAGCCCAGGUGUGCUUGUGCAUGGGCCAGCUAGAACGCUCCAUCGCAUGGGAGAAGUCUGUCAACAAAGUGACCUGCCUAGUCUGCCGGAAGGGUGACAAUGAUGAGUUCCUCCUGCUUUGUGAUGGAUGUGACCGUGGCUGCCACAUUUAUUGUCAUCGGCCCAAGAUGGAGGCUGUCCCAGAAGGAGACUGGUUCUGUACUGUCUGUUUGGCACAGCAGGUAGAGGAAGAAUUCUCUCAGAGGCCUGGUUUUCCAAAACGAGGCCAGAAGCGGAAAAAUAGUUUCCCACUGAACAUACCAGAGGGUGACAGUCGCCGACGCCGGAUGCUGUCGAGAAGCCGAGAAAGCCCAGCAAUGUCUCGGUGCCCAGAAGAUGGACUGUCUCCCUCCAAGAGACGGAGGCUUUCAAUGAGAAGCCACCACAGCGAUCUCACGUUUUGCGAGAUCAUCCUGAUGGAGAUGGAGUCCCAUGACGCAGCCUGGCCUUUCCUGGAGCCUGUGAACCCUCGGUUGGUGAGUGGGUACCGGCGCAUCAUCAAGAACCCUAUGGAUUUUUCCACCAUGCGAGAACGGCUGCUCCGAGGAGGGUAUACUAGUUCAGAGGAGUUUGCAGCUGAUGCCCUUCUGGUUUUUGACAACUGCCAGACCUUCAACGAGGAUGACUCUGAAGUGGGCAAGGCUGGGCACAUCAUGCGCCGCUUCUUCGAGAGCCGCUGGGAGGAAUUUUAUCAGGGAAAACAGGCCAAUCUGUGAGGCAAGGAAGGUGGGGGCCACCUUGUGGUGUGUUUUCCAGCCUUCCUGACAAGAACCUGCCGUUCUCACCUGCUGAUGGCUGUUCUGGGUGGACUCAUCAGACAUUGCUGAUGUUUGCCUCUGCCCUUGGCAGCACCACAUCCUCUUGUCCCUAAUCUCCUUUUCUCCCUUCUUCCUAUUGCUCCUCAAAUAAGAGAUGUAGAGAUGAGGUCCUUCUGGACGGAAAGCCAAAAAAGCAAAAGAAUUAUUCCUGGUUUUUUUCCUUGAUUAAAGUGGAGAGGGGUAAA